CCUAUGUUGAGUAACAAGAAAGUAGCAGCUUCUGAUUCACAAGUUCCUUUUAUAUAUUCUAUACAACAAAGUUCACAGCUUACGCUGAGUAAUGAAAUAUUACUUACUUUUAGUUCACAAGUUCCUUCCGUAUAUCCAAUACAACAAAAUUUACAGUAUACAUUGGGUUAUCCUAAUGAAAAAAGUUUACAGCCUAUGUUGAGUGAUGAAGCACUACCAAUUUUUGGUUCACAAGCUCUUUCUGUAUAUCCUAAUGAACAUAGUUUACCGAAUAAUGAAAUAUUACCAGCUUUUGAUUCACAAGUUCUUUCUAUAUACUCUAUUAAACAAAGUUCACAACCUAUGUUAAGUGAUGAAAUAUUAUCAGCUUCUAGUUCGCAAGUUUCUUCUAUAUACUCUAUACAACAAGAAUGUGCUUCACCUGGAUCUAAUAUGUCGAACACCAAUGAUAUAGACAAUGGAUCCGUUAAUUAUGAUAUAUCUGAUGGAAAUGAACAACAAAACAUUAAAUUUGAAGAUCAAGAAAAACUUGAAAUUGUCCCUGGCUUAGUAUUUCAAAAUUGA